AUGUCUCCCACGAUACGAUUCAAAACCAAUGUUGCGUUUCCUGUUUUUAGGAAGGGCUCCGGGAUACCCUCAAUCGAGAAAUCUACUUCAGAAAAGAUCUUCAUUGAAAGCUGUGCAGAAUUUUUAGAUCAACAUGUUUCGGGAUCUACCUUGGGCACCAAGGCUCAGUCCAAACUUAUACACGAUUUGAACGGCCAGCCUAUGGUGCUUUCUAUCGGUUCAGAUCAGCAUUUGUACCUUUGCAUCUAUGUUAAUGGUGCCGUUGGCGGCUGGCUGGUUACUGACAUCAACCCGAACCCAGCUUUUGAAGCGAGAGUUUUUGAUGCGACAAAAAGCACUAAUGGCAAGGGACUUAUAAUCGCUGUGAGCGGGUACGGCUCAGACAAGGCAAAGACUGAGGUUUGGCAAGCUAUACUGGAGUGUCCAGCAUUCGAUGCUCCGUCACACGGUGAUGUCAAUCUUAGCAACAUCCAAGCACUUCCUUGGGCAUCUAUUGGUGCUUCCAUUGCCACUCGAACAGUGGAAUCCCUGGUCUGCACGCAGCUGCCUGAUUCUAGGUAUCGUAUCGUUGCGGCUGUAAACGCAACAUCAAGGCUCGAAGGAUCUUACUUCUUCCUUGACUCGAGUGCUUCUCAGCAAGAUUGGAAGCCUCUAAGGCUCGCUCAACAAGUCGAGACUGUGCUAUCAUGCGCCCACGGAAACGUUCCUAAACUAGGACAGGGUGAAUUCGUUCUAUUUCAGGAUGCUAGUGCCAAAAAAGAGACAGCUUGCCUGUUUCAAGCGACUGAAGGAGGUGCCAAAGCAAUUUUUCUUACUGCACUAAGUCGGCCAAUAUCGCUUUCCACCAGUGUGAACGAAAGAGGGCUUACAGACUUGUGGAUAGCCACAGAAGACGGAAUUGGUUAUGUGAAUCACAUGAAACUGGGAGAGGCGCCCGAGCGGCUUCUUACGGGAACUGCAUUCUCCAAGAUCUUCGCAGUUGAGUCACGCACCGUUGAUGAAGCUAGCAAGAUCCUUGUUUAUGCCUUGUCUUCUCAUGGCGAGCUUUACAUCGUCGAAGGAAGUCGACCCAGUGCGGACAAGAAAAACGUCCGAUUCCAAGCAUCACAGGUACCAAUCAGGACCAAUAUUCGAACCAUUGCCGGAAACAUCAACCCUUGUACAAACGCGUCUGAGGUUGUUUUUGUAAGUCGGGAUAAUGAUGAUCUUUUCCAUCUUGCCCGCGAUCCCCAAACCUGUCUAUGGAAGGAAACACAAAUUGUGGUCAAAUCCAAGCAGCCGCUGAAAAGGACUAAAGUAGCAGCAUACGUUGUGAAUGUUUCUUUCACAAACGGGAAGGGAGUGCCAGUACCUGGUGGCUUCCAGAUUCAACUCACAUCAGCAGCUUCCCUGGCUUACGUCAACGAUCGUACAUACAAUUUAGAUCAGAGGCCUCAAACACUGAGUACAGAUCAAUUUGGACGGCUUGAGAUUGUGAUACCAGUAUCAAGUGGCCUCGGUGCAGCCCCAAUCGGCCUGAGGUUUCUAGCAGAUACUUCUGAGACUCGGAUAUUCCAGAUCCAGCCUGCGCAAAAGGUACUGAGCGCUAUCAGCAGCCUAAAGACUGGUAAUGAUCUGAAGAAUGCGACAAGCCCAGACGGUCGACCGCUAUUCCCUCAAUCAGCCAAAGAUCAAUCACAGGAUAAUUUUGAUCAAGUGGCACAAGUUUUUGCUAACGUGCCAGCUAUGAUUACGGCUAUCGAUCCAAACGCGACUCCUGAUUCACCCCUUGCCCCAAGCAAGUUAGAUACCGUCAUCGUCUGGCAAAAAGGAGAGAAAGGAUCUCAAGGUGAUAAGAGCUGGCUUGACUCCGCCGUUGAUGUGGUCGGGACAAUUGUCGGAGAUGUCGUCGAGUUCCUGAAAACGGCUGUCAAGGGCAUCGUCAAGCUAGCCAUGAAAAUUGCUGGACCAGUCAUUCGGUUCAUUCUCAAGAUCGGAGUCAAAGUCAUACGGUUUGCUUUGAACACUGUGAGCACUGUCAUUACUGGACUUGCAAAUCUUCUAGAGGGGGUCACAGGAAUCAACUUGUCAUUCAUCACGGACUUCUUCAAGUUCCGCUACAAGAGAGUUGCAGAGACACAGAAGGUUCUUGCUCUGGUCGUGGAAAGUGCAAUCACUCUAAGUAGUCGUUACUUGCAUCAUCAUCGAGCGUCUUUGGUAGAUGGUAUCGACAUCAUUGGCAAAUUCUUUGAGGGUCUUAUCGGUUCACCAGCAACAAUAACGUCUAGUCCCCCUGAAGAUAAUAGUGAAGGGGGUUUUUUUAGUAACCCUAUCAUCUCCAAUCUCCUCAAAUUUAAUCCUUUGAGCUGGAUUCUAGAAGCCAUUACAGAAGAACUUGGAGAUGACUUCAAAAUACCGUCACUAGAUCUCAAUCUAGUUGGACAAAUUUUUGCCGCUCUGAAGGAGCAGUUCGAACUCCUGUGGGGAUUUCUACAACGGAGCUGGACAGAGGUUCGUGCUGCGAUCAGCGAACCAGACACUGUUAUGGAGCACCUUCAGAAUGUCCUUAGGGAUGGAUUCUGGACUAUUUUCAACGCCAUAAAAGUCAUCAUAUUGCGUGUCUUUGACUUGUUUCUCAACUCUUAUGACGCUAUCGCCAAUUUCUGUCGGGGCACUUGGAAGAUUCCCUUCAUUACUGACCUGUGGGAGGAGUUAGCCGACUGUGACUUCACGCUCAUCAACUUCGUUACAUACGUUGCAGCUCAGAUUCUGGAGCUUUCAAAUCCAAAGAAAGAGUCAAUUUCGGCCCAGUGGAAUCUUCGUGCAGCGUUCGGCGACAUAGAAAAGGCUGAGAUGCCGCCUCUGCUUCCAAAGCACUGGUCAAGCGAUGAUUCUGAGGACGUGGACGAGAGCCAAAAGUUAUUCCAACAACAGAUUGCGCUCACUCAGAGUGCUCAACAAGCAGGCAAGCAGGAGCUCGAAUUAAAUCCUGUCAAAGAGCCUCGGUUUGGGUUAAUGAUGACAGCCGGACCAGCUAUAAUCAGCAAACCUGAUGAACCCACAACAAGAAUUGAGCCUCCUAGCCAGGCUGUUGAAAUCGUCAUUGCUCUAGCUCGAGCAGGUAAGAAGCUCACACGCUCUGCUAACCUUGCUGUUCAAGGGUUUUCAGUAGGUUCUGUGGGUUCUGACAGCAAAGGAGGAUCUACAGGCGGUGGCAGUGGCAGCAUUGACAUGGGAAGCAGCCAAUCUACUCGUGCAUCGUCGUUUCUAUCCGCCGAUGGUGUUUCGAGCUCUAGUCUCUUUGACAGCAGUCAUUUGGGCAAGGAACCCGCCAAGCCUACAUCAGGUGGCGAAGUCAUGUCUGUCAAGAACAUUCUGAUUGGAAAUAACACGUUUGCGUGUUUGUGUCUAAUUACAGAGCAAGUGCUUCUGUAUAACAACUACGAGAAGAGCCUAAGAUCCAAGGAGAACUUUGACGGUAACAGUGUGGAACUUAUCACUAGCGUUGUCGGACUCUUCUUCUCGUUCUUCGCUGAUAGCCCGCCCAUUAUGGCCAUGUCAAACUUCAUUAAUUCCGCGGGAGGCUUUGCAGCAACAUGUUGUCAUCCUGAGAAGGACGCAUUCACCUAUGUAUCGCUAGGUGCCUCUGGAUGCCAGGCAGUCUCGAGCAUUGUUUUCCUGGUCAAGGAGCCUACGUGCCAGGCCAUUGGAUGGGGAGGAACAGCUCUCGGUUUUAUUGGCGACAUUACAUUUACAAUCAGGAACUUGAUGAAUUGUCUUAAGAGAGACAAAUUCCAGCUUCCAGAGAUUCCAUCCGAAGAGCCCGGUGCUCAACCUCUUCCUGAAACGAAGGACCCAAAGAAGAAAGUCAAGAGAUUUGUGUCUGCCAUCAAUCAAGCAAAAGCUGGAGUGGUGGAGGAAAAGUUUGCACAUCUGGACACCAGAUUUCGUUCCGAACCGCCUGUUGGCGAUAUAUGUGGGGGCACUCGGGGCCCCUUGCUGGCGAUCGUAGUCCCUGAACCACUAGAAACAGGGUAUGAUGCUUACCGCGCGGCUCUUCAGUACUUUGACCGGAGGAAAGGUUCUGUCCCUGUUGGAGAGGAAGGUGGAAUCAAUUACAGGGGCACCACUGGACUGUUGCCCAACCGAAUUGCACAGGCAUGGAAAAGACUGCUCGGUGAUGAUGUGGAUGAGGCAGCUAUCAGGGCCGAAGUCGAAACCUGGCUAGAGGAGACAGAAGAAGCAUUCAGGACGUUGAAAAGAUCAUUGGACACAGAGCAUGAUCUACGGACAUAG